AAAAAAACAUUCCACAAUGUGAAAUGUGUGAGGUGAUGAUAUCAGUUCUCAGUUCUCACAAACAAAACUCACUUUCACUUCCAGUUCUGGAAAGUAAAGAGCCGCAAGCAGACACAGCCCACAGUUACACAGCCAUUUCAAACUUGCACGCAAGGCUCUAGACCCCCCUAGAGAAGAAGCAAACCAACCGUCUCUCUCUCUCUCUCGUUAAAGCUUUAAGAAAAAGCAUCCUUGGAAUGAACUAGUGCUAAUAGACACAACCCAAUAAUGGCACUGCUACUCUCAACCUCUGCUUCAGCUACAAUUGUUGCAGUAUCAUCACCUUCACCAACCAAUAAAGCACUAAAGACCCUUCCUUUUGUAUCCACCAAUACCCCACGACUCAACUUUUCAAGAAAAUCACAAAAUAGUAGAGCCACACAUCUUUCUCUUCUACGUGUUGCUACUCCAACUACCCCACCACUAACCACACCAGCGGAUCAGAAUCCAGAAGAUGUACAAGAUUAUGGAGUUGAGGAUGAGGAUGGUGAGGAAAGCUCAUCUUCCAAGUUCUCUUGGAGGGAUCACUGGUACCCAGUUUCUUUGAUUGAAGAUUUGGACCCUCAGCUCCCAACCCCAUUUCAGCUUCUGGGUCGAGAUAUCGUGCUCUGGUUUGACAAUUCUUCCAGUCAAUGGGUCGCUUUUGAUGACAAAUGCCCCCACCGUCUCGCCCCCUUAUCUGAAGGGCGGAUUGAUGAAGCUGGCAACUUGCAGUGUUCUUACCAUGGUUGGUCAUUUGAUGGAUGUGGAUCUUGUGUUAAGAUUCCUCAGGCUUCAUCUGAAGGUCCUGAAGCUCGUGCUCUUCGGUCCCCGAGAGCAUGCGCUACCAGGUUUCCCACAAUGCAGUCUCAAGGUCUGCUCUUCGUUUGGCCGGAUGAGAAUGGCUGGGAAAGAGCUCGUGCUACCAAGCCUCCCAUGCUGCCUGAUGACUUUGAUAAACCUGAGUUUUCAUCGGUGACAAUUCAGCGUGAUCUGUUCUAUGGCUAUGAUACCCUCAUGGAGAAUGUCUCUGAUCCUUCCCACAUUGAUUUUGCUCAUCACAAGGUUACAGGAAGGAGAGAUAGAGCCAAGCCUUUGCCUUUCAAGUUAGAGUCUCGUGGUCCUUGGGGUUUUGCUGGAGCAAAUGAUGGGAACCCACAGAUCAGUUCCAAGUUUAUUGCACCAUGCUAUUAUAUUAAUAAAAUAGAAAUAGACACAAAGCUUCCAAUUGUUGGUGAUCAAAAAUGGAUAAUAUGGAUUUGUUCCUUCAAUGUGCCAAUGGCACCUGGGAAGACUCGAUCUAUUGUUUGUAGUGCUCGAAACUUCUUCCAGUUCACAAUGCCUGGUCGUGCCUGGUGGCAAGUGGUUCCUAGAUGGCAUGAGCAUUGGACUUCAAAUAAGGUAUAUGAUGGGGACAUGAUUGUCCUUCAGGGUCAAGAGAAGGUCUUUCUUUCAAAGACAUUGGAGGGUUCUGCUGAUGUUAAUAAGCAGUAUACAAAUAUCACAUUUACACCCACCCAAGCAGAUCGCUUUGUCUUGGCAUUUCGAAAUUGGCUGCGGAGGCAUGGCAACAGCCAACCUGAGUGGUUUGGCACGAGCAACCAACUACCUCUGCCCUCAACAGUUUUAUCAAAACGUCAGAUGUUGGAUAGAUUUGAGCAGCACACUCUUAAAUGUUCAUCAUGUAAAGAAGCAUAUACAGCAUUCCAGGCAUUGCAGAAGUUUUUGAUUGGUGCAACAGUUGUUUGCAGUGCAACGGCUGGGAUUCCUUCAGAAAUUAAUUUGCGGAUUUUCUUGGCUGGGAUUGCGCUUCUUAGUGCUGGCUUGGCUUUUGCUUUGCAUGAGCUACAGAAAAAUUUUGUGUUCGUUGAUUAUGUACAUGCUGAUAUUGAUUAGACUAAAACUGUCAAAACGUAUAGGCACUAAAAACUACCUUCAAAUCAAUCUUUAUCCAGAUAUAUAGAAUUUAGACCAAUUAUAUGAAA